GUUCAUUUCGUACAUUCAGCUGAGAACUAUAAAAAAAAUACCGGGAUCUUUUUGCGUAGCUGCAACAAUCACUCUGUUCUGGCAACAGCCGUUGUUGAACACGGGAGCCGCUGGUGUGCUGCAGUGUGGUGCAAGCCCAUCCUAGUACCACUCCAGAGAGUUGCACAGCAGAUGUAUCUCCUUUCCGAAUCUGUCCACAUGGCUUUGACGCUUGACGAAAAUGGCCGAGACCUUGCUGUAAGGCCUGCAUUGGAGAUUUGCUGCAGCUGCCGUCGUCAGAGGUGGUUUAAACCAGGACCAUUUCCCCUGGCCGUAGCCCUUUGCAUCUUCUUAUUUCCCUUUCGAAACCGUUACUUGGUUCCAUUUUGAUGACUGACAAUGGCAGUUCCCUUGGGCGUUUUCGCUUACUCUUCGGUGAGCGCGAGUAACCCUCCUUUGGGUGACGUAUCAUCUUUCUGGCG